GCGCCCUUCUUCCUGUACGCUGCCUCUUUACCUCUGCCGCUUAUCUGGCCGCAUUGCCCAUACAAGUCGCCACUCGUCCCCUCAUUGGUGUUUUUCCUGCGGUGGUGCAUAAUAUUACUUCUACUCCUAGCCAUGUUCUUGGUUGUCAUUCCUUUCUUGGCUAUCGGCCUUCUUAUCAAGAUGUGCAAUUCGGAGGGCAUCGCAGACUUCAAUAUGAAAAGUCUGGGUCCUGAGCGUGGCUUUAACUGGGCUAUCGAAUUAGUUGCGCGAUACGUUGGAGCUGCAUUCGACUCCGACCAGGACUUCUGGAUCAAGCGGGAGGUCAAACAGUUGGCGAAGAAGGAGGAAGGAGAUGUUGUGCGUGGCCGGGGUGAUGCGCUGGCACGGGCACCUGCAGCCGUUGCGCGCAGCCAGCUGGACCGCCUCGAGCCCUGUCUUCUGUCGCUCCCUAUUCCUGAGCGAACGCGCGUUAUGGUGAAAUGGAUGUCGUUUUACUUCGGUGUCAGCGACGAAGACUUCGCCCUAUUGGACCACAGGUCGCCGAUUGCCCUGAAUAUUUUGUCUAGGGUCAACCGUGCUUUCUCCGACACGUACCAUCAAUUCUUGCUCAAGACAUUACCGGACGAAUGGUCAUCUCGCGACUGGGUAUACAAGGACAAGGACAUGGCCUGUAUUCUCAUUUUGUUAACUUGGAUAUACAAGGCCGAUUUCGCCAGUCAAUUGCGACCUAUCUGGGUCCCGUUACUGAUCGAAAUAUGUGAAUCACAAGAUACCGGCCUCGAUCUCAUCGAGUCGAGUGAUGAUUACGACGUACUUCGGUAUCCUACCGUGUGCCUCUUCGAGUCCGCCGUGACAGGUCUAUAUAAAUUCAACUCGAUCGAAGUAGACCGGAUGGUCUCAUUAGCAACCAAACGCAUCCCGUGGCUGGUUGAGAUUAAUCAACGGUUUGAGAACGACUACCUCGAACAAACAGUGGACAUGGCGCUCGGAGCUGUCGCCGCGUCUCUCCAUGCCGUUUCGCAAGACGAGCAUGCCACAUAUGACAAGCCAGAGAAUAUCCGUCAUCUGCUAGAGGAGUUCGAUCGCUUUGUCGUCGCCCAACGGCAGGGAAUUCGAUAUAUGGCCAAUUUAUCCCUGAAGCAACCGGACCAAGUACUGGUCGUCACUCGCAAGGCGAUGAAGUCCAUCGUAGACCCCCUCCUGACUCUGGCACAAGGCGAUCGGCUACCUAUCGAAAUAGCUCAGGCACUCGUUCAGAAUCUCAUGGAGACCUGCGAAGAGCAGCGUGCGUUCGAGGACAUCAUGCCUUCCUUGAAUCGCUUAUCCGAACUAGUCCCGACUCGGACCUAUACGGUUGCGACUUCGGCCCCUCCGAUGCCAAUUCCAGACAUCAUUGCUACGACUUCGAUGCCAAGUCCAGACAUCACUGACAAAUUCCCGAUCGACCUUUCUAAUGUUGCCCUCCCUGUUCUCCCGUUGCAUAACCCAUCAUACUCCCAGGUGGUGGCAGGCGGGGACGACGAGGAGACUGACUGGUUACUACAUCGGAGCGUGAGCUCGAUCCCCAUGCAAACAUAUCUCCCAGAAUCAUCAUCUGCGGACGAGGCGGGAAAUCCACGCAACCUGUAGUCUGAGGGUGUCUCCGCGUCUCACGCUGCAGAGUCUGUGCACCGAGGGUAACUUGAAAUUUUCUGUAUACGGACAGUGUUUU